AUGCCUAAGAUAAGAACUCUUAGAACCAAAAAGCCUCCAGAAGGCUGGGAUCUAAUAGAACCCAUGAUGAGCGAAUUUACAAGACAGAUGAGAGAAGUUGAAGUCGCACCUACCGAAUCCCGCAGAAAAGUAGAAAUGUUAUGGCCAAUCCACCAAAUAAACCAUCAGAGAUCAAGGUAUAUUUAUGAUUUGUACUAUAAAAAAGGCGAAAUUUCAAAGGAAUUGUAUGAAUUUUGUAUAAGAGAAAAAUUCGUAGAUCCUGUAUUGAUAGCUAACUCCCCCCCUCCGUGAGUGAACAAAAAAAUUUUGUUCACUCACGGAGGGGGGUUAAUUUUUUUUUUUUAAAAAAUUUAUAUAUAAAUUUUAUAAAAAAUAUUUUUUUUCGAAAUUUAAAAAAAUCCUAAUUCGCAAAAAUUGGAAAGCAAAAAUUAAUUUAAUUUAUAAAAUUUAUGUUUUAAAAAGCAAUUCGUUUAAGAUUAAACAGAAUUAGCUCUAGAUUUCAUUAUAAUAAUUAUCAUUUAUAUAUAAUAAAAUUUUUUUCCAUAAAAAAUUUUUCUAUUAAAACAAUUUUUGUUCACUCACGGAGGGGGGGGAGUAAGUGAAAGAAGCCGGGAUAUGAAAAAUUGUGCUGCUUGAUGUGUAUACAGAAAUCAAAUCAAUUAAUGGGAAGCACUUGUGUUUGCAGAGUUCCGAAGGAUAGAAUGGAUGAAGAAAGAAAAUUUGAGUGUAGACAUUGUGGAUGCAGAGGAUGCGCAUCUGGAGAUUAA